AUGUGUGCUUAUGUAAUUACAUUUCCUAUUUGGAAAGGAUAAUAAUGGUCAGCAUUUCGAGGUCAUAUUAGAUUGUCUAAUGAGUAAGUAUUGAUUGCAAGAUUCAAUGAUACAGCCUCUAUAGAACAAGAACUGAGAUUUUUAGAAUAGCAUCAAAGAGUCAAAUCUAAGAUUGAAGGAAAGUUUAUCAAACCUGUUUACAAUUUAUUACCAAUGAUAGUUUAAGUAAUAAAAACACCUACAUUUACUGAUGUGUUAUUUGAUAAUUGUGUAGAUUGGUAAUUAACAGGUGGAAACUUACAACAUCUUCUUAGAAUAUAUUUUGCAUAUGACAUAUACAAAGGUUAACCACCAAGAGAUUGUACACUUGAGAAUAUUAUGCGCAAUGGUGAUUCUAUAGUAGUAUUAGAUUUUGGAUUAAGAAAAAGAGUAGAAAAUUAUUGUGCUUAUUGGAAUCCUAUGAUUUUAAAAGGCAAACAAUGUUUAUCAUAAUAUUAAUGGUCUUUAGGUAUCAUGUAUUUAGUGAUGACUAAUGGAUCAUUUAUAAUAAAUGAGAUUAAUAAACGAAUUUCAAUAUGGCUUAAUGGAGGAAAAUUAGACCUUGUUUCAUUAGUAACAGUUAAAAAACAAUCGAUUAUCUCUUUAAUAUAAUAACUUUUAAAUCCUGAAAAUCCUAUCCCUUGGGAAUAAAUACCUCAUCAUUCAGCUUUCAGGGAUGAUCCUAAAUGUAAAGCAAUACUAAAAUUGUAUGAAGUAAGAUCAAUGUCAGAUCUCAAAAUUAGACCUGUUUCUCGAUUAAGUAAUAAAUAAUCUAGUAGAAAAACUUAAAGAAAUUCAUUAGUUUUACAUGAAAGUACAUCUAAUAGUAAUUAAUCUACUUCAAAUUAAUCUCUAAUUAGUAAAAUUUCAUCUUUAUAUAAAAAUAAAUUUAUUGAAGAAUAUAAAUAAAGAUGUAAUUCUUCUGUCAAAAAUAAUAAACAAAUUAACAAUUUCUUUUCUAAUAAUAAAAUGAAACUUAAAUUUGCUACUAAACAAUCAGAUAAUACUGUAUAAUUAAGUUGUGAUUUUCGAAGUCUUAGAACUGGAUCCAACCUAUCUAAUUUCGGUCUCACUCAAAGAAUUGAUGAUUCUGAUGAUAAAAAACUUAAUCGAAGACUCUCAUAAUAAGAAAUAGAAUACGAUAAAAUUAGAUCAAGAGUAAGUUCUAUUAGAAUGGCAAUUAAAAAUUAUAAGGCUCGAAGUUUGAGACACCUUUCUUAAGACUCCAAUGUACCUGUUUAAAAUUCAGAAGAAAUAUCUCAUCCUGAUAAUUAUAUCUAAUUAAUUAAAAGACCUCAAGUUGAAAUUGAAAUUCUUACAUAAAAUUAUUUGAGAUCUCUAGAAUGCAUUAAUAUCAUAGGUUAAACUGUUGCUAAAUCUAUUGAAUUCUUGGAUGCAUUACAAAACUUUUGGAUUAUUCCAUUAUUUUUAGUAUUCAAAAGAAUGCUUUAACUUAGAUUAGAAGUUGAAAAAUUUCUUGAAGCCCAAAUAAAUUCAUUCAAUAUAGGUUAAUGGAAAGAAGUAUGUAAUUCCAGAGAAUAUCUAUAAUUCUUAACUCGUAUCAAAUCAGAUAAUUAUCUAGUAAGAAAUGAAAUGAUUUUACUUAUGAAUGCUUCUCAUACAAAAGCUGAUCAACUUGAUAAAACUAAGAGAGAAAAAGUCUUAUGGUUCCUUAAUGAUAAUUUAGAUUCUAAUAUUUAACCUAUUUGUUUAUCUUACAUGAAAGAUUAAUUACUUCUUGCUAUUAUUGAAAAAAGAGGAUUAUAAAGAGAACCUAUUGAAUGGCUAAAACUUUAGCUAUCUCUAAAAGCUUCAAUCAUAAUAACUCAACUACCUGUACUAGUUUGUGAAAAUAACGAAUUUAGUUAUGAAAGAUAUUUACAAUAUCAAGAUUCACAAAAUUAUGCUUAAAUAUAAAAAUAUUGCGAGCAACUAAAAAUCAUAAUAUGA